UUACAAGUUAGCCGCUCACAGCGCAAGGCUAAUGUUUAAAAAGUUUAUUUGUUAUUUUAAAAAUGUUAAUAUAUGAUCUUUCCGAUAAAGAUAAAGUAUUUGACAUUGUUACGAGUCAUUUAAAAAAUCUUGGGAUAAAACAUAGAGUGAAGAAAAGUGCCAGAAAAGUAGAGAGUAAUGACAAACAUGUAAAUAACUCCAAAAAAGUGUUCAAUGUUCCGUUGUCGAUUCAACCGUUGGAUGGAGUUCAAUUGGCAUCUGGAGCAAUCGUUUAUGUUCCGGUAUUUGUCAAGCACACAAUUUUAUAUUUGGAAAAAUUUUUAAAUCAAGAAGGAUUAUUCAGAAAAGCUGGAUCUCAAGCACGAUUAAAAGAGCUGGUUACUCGAAUAGACAAUGGUCAUGGUUUAGGAGGGAAACAUCAUGCUAUUGAUGUAGCUAAUUGUUUAAAAAAGUAUUUCAGAGAUCUACCUGAACCAAUAAUUCCUUUUACUUAUCAUGAUUUAUUCGUACGAUGUGGGAUGAUGAGGAGUUCGAAGGUAGACAAUAUUUUGAUGGCUUGUUUACUUUUACCAGCUCCUCAUCUGAAUACACUAGCUUUUCUUAUGGAUUUUUUACGUCGAGUUUCCGAACAUGAAGACCAAAAUAAAAUGAGUUCUGAUAAUCUUGCUAAAGUUAUCGGUCCAAAUAUUAUGCCUUUAAGAGAAACUACAAUAACUGCCAUGCAAAACCGUUUAGAAGCACAUUUAUCUAUUGUAAAGAUUUUGAUAGAAAACUCUUCACAAAUUGGUGUCAUACCAAAAGAUAUAAUGGAGAAUAUUCAAGCUGAAUCUUAUUGUAGCACUGAAGGAGAUAUUGAUCGGUUGAGUGGAGAUCGUUUUAGAGAAAAGAAAAAGAAGCAUAGGAGUGGAAGUCUUACUCGAAUGUUUAAUGGGCUAAAGAAAAUAGUAGGGAAGAACGGAUCUCUUGAAAAUAUUCCUCCUAUCAAUGAAAAUCGAUUGAGAUCAUCAGUCUUAGAUACUCCACAAAGUUCUCCUACAAAAAUUUGUAAAAAACGAAAGAAUGGAGAAAUCGCGAUAGCAUCUAUCAAUAAUAAAAAGAAACGACCAUCUUUAGAUGGUAUAAUAGAAAGUACAGUACUUUCUUCGCAAUCAAUAAUUCCUUCGCCGGUGAGAGAUCAAAAUUCUCAAGAAAGAAAUUUUACGACCCAGAAAUCUAAAGUUCGAAAAUAUUUAUCACAUAAUAUUCAAGCAAAUGGAGUACAUACAAAGAUUGAUAAACCAAAAAAAUUGGGUAUAAGUUUAGAUCGUUUCGUGUCCCGUAGUAAGCAAAAGAUUAAUGAAUUAGAGGUUGACAAAGAUAGAAAUAACUCAGAAAGUUCACCUAUCGAACGACGCUGGAGUACAUCAAGUGGAGUAUCAUCUAAAAAGAGUAUGAAGAAACGUCGAUUACAGAAUUGGAGUGCUUCAUCACUUAUUUCUUCGCCACCCAGAAAAAAACAAACAGAAUUGAAUGUACAAAAUGAAAUGGAUCAAUAUGACAAAAUUUUUACGGAUGCAGAAAUAAAUUUGUCAGAUGAGAAUGGAGAAGACGUUAAUUCAUCUAACCAUUCAAGAAAAUCUCCAAGGCGUCAUUCAGCAUUAAAUAAAAAAUUAGAUUCUACAUUAUCUUACAGAAAUGAAGAAUCUUUUGACACAGACGAACCAUCUGAAGAAUAUGUUAAAAUUCCAAAAAGUGAAUAUGAAGAAAUUAAAAAUAGAGUAUCGGCCAUUGAGUCACGUAUUUCUCAAGAGUUAGAUGCUUUGCAUGAUCACACUGUUAAUAGAAAUGUUAAGAUUAACUCGUUGAACCAAGUACAAAGCGAAUAUGAAAAAACUUUAGGCGAAGCGAGUAUUGAAAGUAUUACUUCAGCAGAUCACCUAGCAAGACGUCUUUCUAAAGAAUUGAAAAUUAGAAGAUCAGCAGAACAUAAAGUUAUAAGGUCACCCAGUGCUCGGAGAAUCAGUAGUUUGCGCAGACGAUCACAAGAAAAACCGAUAACUGGACGCAAGCGCGUAAGUCGUAUGUCAUCUUGGCAUGUUUCGGAGCAAACUGAUAAUAUCGAUUUAACUCCAAAGCCUGUAACAACUAAAUCAGGAUCAUAUCAAGAUCAAAACGUCAAUUCUUUUUGCAGUGAAGAAACUAAUGCAAGAUUGAAUUACUUACAACAACAACUGUGCACGUUAAUCAAUCAUACUGCUGAACAUACAGGCUCUUUUUUGAAUGAUGAAGAAGAUGUAUCAAUCAUCAAUAUACCUAAAUCCACACCUGUACGCCGAGCAUCUUCUUUUCAUGGAAAUGAACUUAUUGAAGAAUACUCAAAGUUUACUGAUCGUGUAGAUAAAUUUAAAAAAAUAAAUAGUCAAGUAAGUAUUAAACAAAAAAGCGAUACACCCGUAUCUGAAAUUGGAUUAGAUAAGAGAAUAUCUUGGAAGAAUGCAAGUACAUAUUUAGAUGCAGUGACUCCUUUGAGACCUACGUUUAAUGCAUCCGUAGUUCAAACAGGUCGAGCAUCGGUUGCUAAACUUCGUACACAGAAUGCUGGAAUGGUGCUGGCAAAGGCCAAAUUAUUUGAUCACAAUAAAGGUAAAACUACCCCAGAAACUAUAAUAGAACAACAGCAAAGAAUAAGUAUUUCGAGAGAUUCAAAAGAAGCAAAAAAUUCGAUAGAAACUCGGAAGAAAAAAUUUAAAAGUCCUAAGAGUAAUGGAGCGAGGCUUAAAUCUGAAUCUCCAAGUGAUUUGAAUGGGAAUAGUCGUCAAUCGUUGGAAAAACGUCGACGACAGAGUCCUAUAUCAGAUCAAGAAAAUAGACAAACAGACAAUUCAAAAGAGGAAAUCACAAAGAAUUUAAAUUCACAAGGACGUCUUUAUGCAUCUGCAAAGACGAAUGCAACAGUACGUGAAAAUGAAUUGGUGAAUCAUGCUGUUGAAAUGAUGAACGUGACUAGUAUAAGCAAUACUCCUCAUAUCAAAAAACCACUUUCAACAAAGACACCAAAAAGUGCACGGUCUUUAGUACGAAGACCAGUAGUCGAUUCAAGGAGAACUCCACUAAAAGCAGUACCAACUUUAACUACGCCAAAACGUCAGAGUCCACGAUAUGGAUACAAAUCAAGACAAUUAACCAGAAAUAUUAAUUAAGGAUAACGUUUUUAACUGACGAAAUAUUCAAUGACACAUUUACCAGUAGUUGAUCUCAAAGGAUCUUUUUUGAAUCAAUUUUAUCGAUGAACAAAGAAUUUUUAUGUAAAAAGAUGAUCAAUAAAUUUGAAAAACACUUUUUUUUUAAUAAGUAAAAAAAAAACUCCAAAUAAAUGUUUGUUUUAAUCUA